AUGGCCCUCAUACUCACUUUGGUUCUCAGUCUCCUCAAACUGGGUUCAGGCCAGUGGCAGGUGAUUGGGCCAGACAAGAUGGUCCAGGUCUUGGUGGGGGAGGACGCAGUGUUCUCCUGCUCCCUGGCUCCUGAGACAAGUGCAGAGGCCAUGGAAGUGCGCUUCUUCAGGGAUCAAGUCUCCUCUGUGGUCCACCUCUACAGGAAUGGGAAAGACCAAGUCAAGAUGCAGAUUCCAGACUAUCAAGGGAGAACGGAGUUGCUGAAGGACUCCAUGGUAGAGGGGCAUGUCUCCCUGAGGCUGGAGAAGGUCACUCUCUCAGACUCUGGUCUCUAUGGAUGUUUCUUCAGUUCCCAGAGUUUCGAGCAGGAGGCCUUCUGGGACCUGCAGGUGUCAGAACCUGGCUCAACUCCUCUCAUUUCCAUUGUGGGCUAUGUUGAUGGAGGCAUCCAGCUGUUCUGUCAGUCCUCGGGUUGGUUCCUUCAGCCCACGUUGGUAUGGAGAGGUCCACAGGGACACGAUUUGCCCUCGAGCUCCAAUGUAAGCAAAGAUAUGCAUGGCCUAUUUGAUGUGGCGACCUCUCUUACAGUCCAAGAAAAUGCUGGGAGUAUAUCAUGCUGCAUCCAGCUCACUGACCAGGGUCAAAAGGUGGAAUCCAGAAUAUGGAUAGGAGAGACAUUUUUCCAGCCCUUCCCCUGGAAUUUGGUGUCUCAGUCACUGGGAGUUCUCUUCCUUGUUCUAUAUGGUAUUAUCAUUGGUCUGAGCAUUUUCUUCCACAAAUACAACAACUGGAAUAUCCAGGCAGAAUUGGAUCCGAGAAGGAAGCAUGGAGUGGAAGAAUUGAGAAAGGCCCGACAGUAUGAAGCGGACGUGACUCUGAACAUGGACAUGGCUCGCCCCCAGAUCUACACUUCUGAAAUCUAUAGGAAGAAGGAUCCCUUCUUAAAGAAGAAAUUUAAUACCAAGAUUGUGGUUGCUCCUCAGAGUUUCCAGGGAGGGAAACAUUACUGGGAAGUGGAAGUAGGACACAAUGAAAUGUGGUGUUUGGGUGUGUGCCUGGAUAUGGACAGGAGGGUAAAUGAAAUUUUGUCUCCCUACAAUGGUUACUGGGUCCUUGGGUUGGAGACAGAACAUGAGUAUUUCACAUUUGAUCCCCACAGAAUCAUCCUCUCUCUCAGAUUCCCUCCUACACGAGUGGGGAUUUUAUUAGAUUAUGAUGGUGGGACCAUCUCCUUCUACAAUAUAAAUGAUCGAUCCCUUAUUUGUACAUUGAAAAAUCAAUUUGAAGGCUCAUUGAAGCCUUUUAUCCUAUAUGGUGAGAAAUACAAGACUCCCAUAGUCAUCUGCCCAAUAUCCCGGCAUCAAAAAAAAGCCCAUCCUCAGAGGAACCCCACCCCGAUAGAAACAGAAAAUCUAGAGCCCUCCUCACAGGUGAAAAUGCCCCUCCUCUCAGGAGUGGGACUCAGUGGGAAAACAUCACACACUCCCCUCCAGGACACUGGCCUCUCUCAAAAACCAGAGCCCUGUGGCAGCCACCAGUAA